CACGGCCCUCUGCUAAGGGAGUGCCAUCCGUCUCCCCAAGUCUGGGCCCCUUUUCUAAACUUGGAGAAAGAAACUCCUUCUCUCCAAAGGGAGCAGGGAAGUGGUUUCCUAAGAUGGGGGUGGGCAGUGCUCACCCGCGAGGGAAGGAUGCUAACAGAGGGGCUGCAGGAGGGACCAAGCUGGCACCUGGGCCACUGAGGGGCAGGGGGGACAAAGCCGAGCUGACAUCCAGCCACCCUGCCUGGCCUGGGCUCCUCCAGCCUCAGGCAGCUCACCACUGCCAGCCCAGCUCUCUCCGAGGUUGCAGGCCCACCCACCAGUGGCGUCACCUCACACCAUGAUGGGCUCGCUGCUGGUGCCCUGAGAGGCCCUGCGCCAAGUGGCAGUGACCCCGGGCACCCAUGGCAAUGAGAUGGCCGGGGUCUACCUGACCCAGCUGCUUCCGGCCCCAGGGGAGCUGCAGAAACCCAGCUUCGCCUCCAUGCCUGUGCCAGCCAAGCCAGGGGUCACAGCCAUCUGGUGCCAAGUGGGCAGUAACCUUGACCACAUCCUCGUCAGCUCCUUCCUCAGGGGGCAUUCCUCUGCCUGCAAUGCCCAUUUCUCCAUUUUCAGUUUAGAGAAAUCCCGAUUGAUGCCACCUCCUCCAGGAAGACCUUCCGGUUUACGGCGCCCCCAUGAGCCCGUAAGCUGCUGCUGCAGGGUCUCAGUGGCUGCCUUCAGCAAGAGGCUGCCUCCCUCUCCACUGAACCUCUGUCACCGACAGAGACCGCUGGUGCCUGCCAGGGCCACUCUGAAUGACACAUUGGAGAUGACAAAGGCCCAAGAAAUGAACCGGCUGCUGGGGCUCAGGCUGGGCCUUCUCUUCCUUCUUGCCUUCCUUUCUCUCUCUCUCCUGUUUCUCACCCCCGGUCCCAGCUGCAGAGCACUGAACGGUCCUACCCAGGUCCUCCUGCAUCAUCGACCGGAAGAGGAAAGUUACAGCGCACACUCAGUAGCUAAGAACCGAGGUGUGGGCAGUGACCGCGGGAGAACCCCGGAGCUGGGCGCUCGCCUAGCUGGGGCCAACUUUUUCACCAGGAUGAGGGCACUUGUAGCUGAAGCUCUGGGCUUCAUCGACCUGUUCAACCAGGGAGCAGGACAGGAGGCUGGGUCCCCAUGUCCACCCCUACUGUCUCCCCGGAAUCGCCGCAAGCCGGCCUGGCACCGGCGCCGCAGUGAUCCUCAGAGCGCCUGCGGAGGCAGGAGGGGGCUCCUCAGCUGCGUGGACACGCCUCCCUCGCCCCAGAAGGCAGAGGGAGGGAGGGGAUUGGGGUGGGAGGAGCUUCAGAGGGGCCACCCGCUCUGUUGGCACCUGUCCUCCCCCACCUACCGCAAAGUGCUGCCCCUGAGCCCUGUGACCAGCCAGAGCCCCCUCCGGGAUGAGCCUUUGUGGGCCACCUGGUGCACACAUCUUUAUAAAGGGGAGUCUGCCGUGUACCCCAUAUUCAUCAGUGAGGCUGCCUAGCACAAGAAAGGCAUUGCCUUCAUCCAGUCGGAGAUGCUCACAUUCUCCGCGCCUCCCCUGCCCGCCCUGGCAUCCAGCCCCACCCUGGGUCCCUAACCCAGGCCACACCUGCCCAGCCUUAGCCCUCUCUUCUUUUUUCUUUUCUUUUAAGGGCCACACCUGCAGCAUGUGGACGUUCCCAGGCUAGGGUUCCA